UCCUGCUCUGUCAGUGGCUGUCAGGUUGGCACCCUGAGUGGCAGCAACCUCCCAACCUUGAGACUAGGUUCCCAGAGACCAGGAUAGAAGUCUCUGUGAAGACAAAUUACAAAGUCUAUGACCAUUCGAGGUUGUGCUUUGGCUCCCCCUAACCCUGAAGAUGGGGAUCCCUGUGCUCUGUGCCCUCCUGCUGCUGGCAGCAGCCCUGGCCUUGACCCUUCCCGGGAGGAGGUCGGGAUCUCACUGCGCGCCGCCCCCAGGCUCGCACUCGCUGCGGUAUUUCUACACCACCGUGUCCCGGCCCGGCCUCGGGGAGCCCCGGUUCAUCUCUGUCGGCUACGUGGACGACACGCAGUUCGUGCGCUUCGACAGCGACACAGAGAAUCCGAGAUAUGAGCCACUGGCGCCGUGGGUGGAGCGGGAGGGGCCGGAUUAUUGGGAGUGGAAGACACGGAUCGCCAAGGAACUGGAACAGAGUUUCCGAGGGAAACUGAGGACCCUGCGCGGCUACUACAACCAGAGUGAGGGCGGCUCUCACACCUUCCAGCAUCUGUCUGGCUGUCACGUGGGGUCGGACGGGCGCCUCCAGCGCGGGUAUGAGCAGUUCGCCUAUGAUGGCAACGAUUACAUCGCCCUGAACGAGGACCUGAGGACUUGGACAGCUGCGGACACAGUGGCACAGAUCACUCAGAGCAAGUGGGAGGAGGCUGGUACUGCAGAGAGAAUGAGGGCCUACCUGGAGGACGAGUGCGUGCAGUGGCUCCGCAGACACCUGGAGAACGGGAAGGAGCAGCUGCUGCGCACAGACCCUCCAAAGACACAUGUGACCCAUCACCCCAGACCUGAAGGUAAGGUCACCCUGAGGUGCUGGGCCCUGGGAUUCUACCCUGCGGACAUCACCCUGACCUGGAAGAAGGAUGAGGAGGAACUGACCCAGGACAUGGAGAUGGUGGAGACCAGACCUGCAGGGGAUGGAACCUUCCAGAAGUGGGCAGCUGUGGUGGUGCCUAUUGGAGAGGAGCAGAGAUACACAUGCCAUGUGGAGCAUGAGGGGCUGCCUGAGCCCCUCACCCUGAGAUGGGAGCCUCCUCAGUCCACUGUCCCCAUCAUGGCAGUCACUGCUGUUCUGGUUCUCCUUGGAGCUGUGACCAUCAUUGGAGCUGUGGUGGCUGUUGUGAGGAAGAGGAGGAGAAACACAGGUGGAAAAGGAGGGGACUAUGCCCCAGCUCUAGGUAAGUGUGGGGAGCAGGAUUGUCCCUGAAGCCUGUGGGUGAACCUGGUGGGGAGCCUGACCAGCCCAUAAUUCCUCCUGCAGCCACAUCCUCUUAGUAACCUAAAUGUGCCUUGUCAUUUCUUCUGCUGCAGAAAGGGACAGUGCCCAGAGCUCUGACUUGUCUCUGGAGGCUUGAAAAUGUGAUACCCUGGGGGCCUGAGAUUGGGGCUGAGGGAAAAAGGAAAGGGCUGUGUCCCAGGACUUCUCAGAAUUUAGACAUUUGAAUGAGUCUCAGUGGACCUUGGAGAUGUGUUUAUACUGACUGUCCAUCACUCUUUGUCUUUAGCUUCAGACAGGUGACACCUGGGGACACGUUCUCACUCACUCAAGAAACAACAAAUGUCUGAAGCUGUCUACUUCUAUGAAGAGCAUCCAGCCCAGUCCAGUCCACCAGGACCCUACCCCAGCUCUGCUCCUGCUCCUGCUCCCUUCCACAGCCAACCUUCCUGGUACUGCAAAGGCAGGAGGGGACAUCUCCAUCCUGUCAUCUCCCUGUAGCCAUGAGAUGCAGCCCUUGGCUUUCUCACUGAAAAUAAAAAUCUGGAUGUGAACUUAAUAGUUCAUGUCCUUGACCUGAGAGAUUGGCAGUUCAAAUAAAAGGCGAGAAUUCUGAAAGUGUGAUGGAGAAAAUAAAUGGCAGCAUGGAGAACCUUCUA